AGUUCGUCUAUAUAGUCUAUGCUUCAGUCAAAUCACUGCCACAUGGAUGGAGGGCGUUACUGAAAUUAUUUAGUAAAAUAAAAUAUUCAGUAAUUAGACUACACGAAAGCGGUGCGGUUUCCUGAGGGUUUAAAUUGUGUAGAUGAAACAUAUUUUUUAAAAUGUUUUCCACUGCGUCUAAAUCUUUAUUAUGUUGCACAAGCGCUAUAGGCCCAAACAGGGCGUUAGCGUCAAUUCUCACGAAGAGCUCGUCUCUCAUCUCAGUACCGCAAAACCGGGACUAUCACGAGGUCACCGGUAACAUAAUCUGCCCCAAUGUAGUCAGAGGUAUCGAUCACUUGAGAGAUCCCCGACUCAAUAAGGGUCUCGCCUUCACACUGGAGGAACGCCAGGCACUUGGCAUCCACGGUCUAUUGGCAGCCAAGUUCAAAACUCAAGAGGAACAGCUCGAUAUCUGCAGGAUAUCCAUUGACAGAUACGAGGACAACCUAAAUAAAUACCUCUAUCUCGUCGAGUUACAGGACAGAAAUGAGAAGUUGUUCUUCAGGCUCCUGGCCGAGAACAUUGAGAAGUAUUUGCCGAUUGUGUACACCCCCACCGUGGGCCUGGCCUGUCAGAGAUUCGGUCUCAUCUACAGAAGACCUAGGGGCCUUUUCAUUACAAUCAACGACAAGGGACACAUAUUCAACAUUCUUAAAAACUGGCCUGAACCUGAUGUUCGCGCUAUAGUGUUCACUGACGGUGAGAGGAUUUUGGGUCUUGGUGACCUUGGAGCUUACGGCAUGGGUAUUCCCGUGGGUAAACUCUCCUUGUACACUGCAUUGGCUGGUAUUAAGCCCCACCAGUGCCUACCCAUCACUUUGGACGUGGGAACCGACAAUCAGGAUCUCCUAGAGGACCCGUUGUACAUUGGUCUUAGACAGAAGCGCGCACGAGGCAAGGAGUACGAUGAGUUUAUCGACGAAUUUAUGGAAGCUUGCGUUCAGAGAUACGGACAAAAUACUUUACUGCAGUUCGAGGACUUCGCUCUAAUAAACGCUGGCCGUCUCCUGAAGAAGUACCGCAACAAAUACUGCACGUUCAACGAUGAUAUUCAAGGUACCGCCAGUGUUGCCGUCGCUGGUCUCAUGGCCGCCGUCAGAGUCACCAAGAGGAAGCUCAGUGAAAACAUCUAUCUCUUCCUUGGAGCUGGUUCUGCCGCCAACGGUAUCGCCAGUCUAACAGUAGCUGCGAUGGUCGCAGAAGGUUUGACCGAACAACAGGCACAAGAAAGAGUAUACAUGUUUGAUGUCGAUGGUCUACUGUCGACCCGCCGAGAAGGUGGAGUACCAGAACACGCGAAAGCUUUCGGAAAGAACAUCGAACCAGAGAAGGACUUCGAAGCUUGUGUUGCUAAAAUCAAGCCGAGCUGUCUUAUUGGAUGCUCGACAGUAGGUGGUGCUUUCACCCCGAACGUUCUACAACAGAUGGCUAAGAAUACGGAGCGACCAGUUAUCUUCGCGCUCUCCAACCCCACAAGUAAAGCCGAGUGUACUGCUCAAGCCGCCUACGAUAAUACAGAGGGUCGUUGCAUCUUCGCGUCCGGCUCCCCCUUCCCCCCUGUGAAGUACAACGGCAAGGAGUAUCACACCGGCCAAGGCAACAACUCAUACAUUUUCCCCGGAAUCGCCCUCGGAGUUAUCGCCACCGCUACCCACCAUAUACCUGAGACCAUGUUCUUGACUGCUGCCAGGACUUUAGCUCAUUACGUCAGCGAGGAGGAUCUUGCUAUUGGCCGCAUUUACCCGUCACUGGCUGAGCUCAAAGAAGUUUCUGUCAACAUCGCCAUUGAAGUUGCCAAAAUGGCUUACGAUGAAGGUUUAGCUUCAGUGUACCCUGAGCCGAAGGAUCUUUCGAAGCACGUACAUAACCAAAUGUACAAUUUCCACUAUGAAAGCUCUAUGCCAGUCGUCUGGGAUUGGAAACCAGAGGAGAAAUUUAAUGUAAGACCUAUCCAACCAGUCCCCAAAAACAUUUAAAUCAGUAUUAGUUUCAUUUGGGUUAUGUGUCAAAUGUACUAGAAAAAUUAGCCCGUUCAAUCGUAAAAAUCUAUGUGGUAUGUGAAGAUAGAACUAAGGAACAUGUAUGUUCGUUGCUUAUUUUUAAAGUAUCCCAGUGAUAUAAUAUUUGGCUAAAAGUACUAUUGUACAUAAAGUAUGACAACGUCAUCGAUUAUUGGUCACGCGAAGAAGAGCAUGAAUGUUGUUAAAUUAUAUUUUUUAUUAAUCAUAUAAAAUUAAGUACAUUAAUUUAUGUUUGAGCGAAAAUGGGUUUGCUCACAAAAACAUGAAUAAUUAUUAUAUUUUAUUGUCGUACACAUUUGAGUUUUACUAUUGAACAAUCGGGCUUUAAAAAUGGGUUUACAUCGACGUGGCGUAGUGUGUUGCCUCACGAAUUUGUCCUAGGAUAAACAAAACAUAGUUGAACAUGUUAAUGAUUUUAAUAGGAAUUCAUUAUAAAGCUUACUGUCGUUGCGUCAUUUGACGAAUGCAUGCGUCAAAAACGAUAUGCGGGUUAACGUUGCCGCUUCGUUGACAGUUUUCAUUCUUUCUAAGCAAAAUGCAAGCAUUUGUGUUUAUGAGAUGCAUGCAUUACUCAAUUGACGAAAUGUGGACAGUUACCCUAAGACAACACAUAAUAUAUUAAAAUGCAACACACUACACUACAAGAUAAAUCCAUCUUAUAUAAGUUAUAAAUAAUUUAAAUUAUGGAACGUUCGUUUUGGAAUGUUGGUAGUUAUGCAAUAAAAGAUGCGUUCAGUGCACAACGCCUUUAAUGGGAGUGUUCAUGUUGUCCAUGUAUAACUGUUACAAUAAUUAUUUUACACAAAGUAUUUUAUACCUCCGUAAUUUACAUAGUGAAUAUUUAAUGUUCAAAUUAGAAAAAAUCUUUAUUACUACACUUAGGUUUAAUGUCCAGUUACUUGAAUCUCUUCUGGUGUUUUUCUCUCUAUUGUUAGGCUUAUAAGUAUUCUUUUAAAAAGUAUUACAUAUAAAAUUAUAGGUCCUUCAUGGAAUAUUAUUAUGAGACAGUAUUUCUGGACAUGUUCACAAUAAACUCUUUGUGAGUAACUGGACUUAAUCCAUGUUUAAUGUAGUGUUUCGACUGUAUCAUCGUGUGCAAGUAGCUUGUAGUUGAGCAUUUUAACAUAUUGUUAUCGUAUUCAGUGUGAAAAUAAUAAUCACGGUGGCCUUUUAUCGUUGUUUUUAGCUUUGCUCACUAAAUGUUACAUGGCUGCAUUUCGGAAUAUUAGAUUCGGACAAUAUUUAGUGCGGUGAAUAAAAUAACGGAUGUUUUUUCUUUGCACAUUGUUUUUAAUAAUAUUUGCCAAUUAAUAGUUAACUGCGACUUUAAUACAAUAGUUAUUUAUUGCUUCUUCUAGCUAUCAUUUUCAUCAUAGUGACACGCCGAGUUAUUUAUUUAGGACAAUAUUUUUCUAACAUUAUUUUUAAGUUGUAAAUGAAUUGUUUAGCAAAAUGGAAUGUACCUACAUAAAUGUUGUGAAUAUUUGAAUUAAAAUAACACGUUUUAUGUAAUGAAAGAUAAGAAAAGUCUAGUCACCGCAGCAUUAAAAUGCAGGUCAUCUAUUUAAUUUGCAUUUCACAUCAUUAUAAUUAUAAUAAGCAUUAGUAAAGAAAUACAAACAUGAAUAUUAUAAAGACAUUUAGAGACUAAUCGGUUAGAAUGUCUAGAAUUUAUUGUGGAAUUGUUGUAGUGCCACCGUUUUGAAAUUUUUAAAAUAUAUUUUAAAUCGCGUUAAUUCUGAUAUUUCUUUUAAAUAAUGACCACACUUUUUACAAGCAUUUAUUUUAUAUUAUACAAUACAUUACUGUAUACACGAUUCGGUAGGUUUUUGUUGACAUCUGAAUUCGUAUCCACUGUGGUCGUGAAUUGAGGAAACGAUCUUAAAUAAUAAAUAUAAUUCUAUUUUGCGUAUCUGUGCAACUAUAACGGACGAAUAAAUUGUAACUUGCUACCUAGUAGAUGUUUUUUAUCAUUAUUGUUUUGACUAAGUAUUAUUUUUGAAUUCAGUAUUUUAAUAAUAGUGAGACGAACUUUUCGCUGAGCGAAUUAAAUACAAUGUUUUUAUUUUAGGUAGUCAGUUAUUUAUGUUUCUAUAUGUAUCUGGUGAUAUUAUGUGAUUUUACUUGCUGUGACAAUGUAUAAUAAAAUUUAUCCCACUGUACAUGUUUGUUAUUUUUUGACUUAAUGUUGUACGAAGUAAAACCGCUUACGUAAUGAAUAUAUCUUCUGUAAGUUGGUCAAUUAUACAGCAAUACUUAUAAUCAGGGUUUUAUUUGGUUUACAAUGGUUGAUUUCAUUACGUCAAUUAAAUGAAUUUCACCCUUAUUGUAAUGCAGCUUGGCAAAAGAUAACAUUAUUGUGUUAGUUAAUGCGAUUGUUAAAUGAAAAUUAUAGAUGUUACUCAUUAAACAUGUUCCAAAGAUAAA